CAACAGAGAAUAAACAUGUCGACGAAGUUAAUUAUUCUGUUGGCACUCUUAACUGUUUGCCAUCAGUCUCAAGCUAAACCACACCUGGGCAUUUUCCAGGGUUUCAAUCCUUUGGAGAGCAUCAAAAGUGCAUGGCAGCGCCAUGUUGCAAGAUUUUUUGAACACUUGGAACAACCAUCUGUGAAAAAUGAAGCGGAUCAACAAGAAUCGCAACACAUACCAGAAGAAGAAAAAAAAUUAUCAUACAGUAAAAAGCAUGAAGCGUCUGACGAAAUAUCGCAACCUAUCCAUGUUGAUAUAUCUGUCACAUCAUCGGUUGGCGACGAAUCCGAUUCAUCGACUGUACCUUCUUUAGUGGCCGCGGAAGAAUUUAAAUCGACAUCCGAAUCUAGUAACAGUGAUAAAUCCGUCGGAACGGCUGAUUUUAAGCAGGUUCAAACGUCUACUCAGUCAUCUGACGAUGACCUGAGCAAGAAAUGCAUUAUAUGGUAUGAGGAUAUGAGAAAUAAAAAAACGACCAAAUCAUCAUCGACAGACGCAUCAUCGGAUGAGAAGGCUGCAGGCUCAGAAAAAUCGAGUGAAAAAACCACAACGGAAUUAUCACAUCAGGUAACUAAUGAAUCCUCUUCGGAGAGAGAUGAUAAUGAAAAAACAACUGACCGAGUUACCAGGUCACCAAAUAAUUCUGAAGACACUGUAAACACUUCUGAUCGAACGACAAACUUGGUCGACGGAACAUCAGAAUCUGUAAUCUCAACUAUGAAAUCUGUCGAUGAAGUUAUUUCAUCAUCAGAAUCAUCAAAGUCCACUUCAGUAAGUAGGUCAGAUGAUUCGAGUACCAACUCACAGAAAUCCGAAACGGUUGAGACGAACAAAAGUUACUCGGCUGAUGGAACCUCUAAAUCGUCCCGAAGUUAUUCAAAGAAUGAAUCAAGAAAUUCAAAAGCGACAAGCUCAAAAUCUUCGUCAAGCAGCUCUAAGUCUAGCAACACGUCAUCCAGAUCCUCCUCAAGACACGAAUCAUCUCGAACCGAAGCGCAGAUCGCCACAGGUUCUAAAUCAAGUGCAGUCAGCUCAGAAUCGUCAUCGUUGUCUACAUCCAACGAAUCUUCGAAUUUGUCUGAAAAAAGCUCUUCCAGUCAUGGAUCACACAAGAUGAGCGAUGCAUCCUAUGCAGUUGUGGACGAGGAUACUGUACAACAGAAGGAUCACGGCAGCAACCGGGAGCAUUCUGAAUUACAUGAGACCGAUGAACAAAGCUACUCCCGCACAGAAACCGGAAUACAUAACCAGAAGUCUUCUGAUAUUCGAAGAACUGAAAGCGAGAGCGUUUCGCGCCAGGAAAAGCUGAAGGAAGACGAAAGGUCCUCGAACUCAUACGAAACUAGAGAACAGGUGGACUCGUACCAACACGAAUUCGAAGAAAAGAAAAAAUCCAGACAAAACUAUGAGAAAGUAGAAGAAAAAGAAUCGAACAGUAAAAUUAUUGAAGAGAACCAGAAGUCCUCCAAGACGUACGAAUCUGUGGAGGAGACGAAAUCACACAACCAAGUCAUUGGAAAGACCCAAGAAUCCUCCAAGACCUACGAAUCUGUGGAAAAGACAGAAUCACACGACCGAGUCGUUGAAGAGACCCAAGAAUCCACCAAGACCUACGAAUCUGUGGAAAAGACGGAAUCACACGACCAAGUCGUUGAAGAGACCCAAGAAUCCACCAAGACCUACGAAUCUGUGGAAGAGACGGAAUCGAACCAAGAAAUAGUCGAAGAGACCCAAGAAUCCACCAAAACCAACGAAUCUGUGGAGGAGACGGAAUCACACGACCAAGUCGUUGAAGAGACCCAAGAAUCCACCAAGACCUACGAAUCUGUGGAGGAGACGGAAUCGAACCAAGAAAUAGUCGAAGAGACCCAAGAAUCCACCAAGACCUACGAAUCUGUGGAGGAGACGGAAUCACACGACCAAGUCGUCGAGGAGACUCAAGAGUCCUUCAAGACUCAGGAAACCAUCCAUGAGACAGACUUACGCCGAGAGAUCUCCGAUGAAAACGAAGCAUCAUCUCAUUCUCAUAGAAUCGAAGAACAUUCUGAGUCACGUCAAGCGAGUUCCGAUGAAAACCGUCACGCAUCUUCAGUCAGUGACCACACAUAUUCCAAUUCGAAAGGAACCGAAGAACACAGUUUCUCGCGCCAAGAGGCCAGCAAAGCAAACCAAGAAUCGUCGCAGUCCCACGCUAGCGAAGAACGAUCUGUCUCGCAACAGGCUGCCCGUGAACGCAGGCACGAGUCAUCCACGUUCUCCGGAUCUACCGAAUCGUCCAGGGCCUCCUCUAGCAAGUCAUCUUCGACUUCCUCCAGCAGCAGUUCAGCUUCGUCUUCCUCCAGCAGCAAUUCAGCUUCGUCUUCCUCCAGCAGCAAUGCAGCUUCGUCUUCCUCCAGCAGCAAUGCAGCUUCGUCUUCCUCCAGCAGCAGUUCAGCUUCCUCUUCCUCUAGCAGCAAUGCAGCCUCGUCUUCCUCCAGCAGCAGUUCAGCUUCGUCUUCCUCUAGCAGCAAUGCAGCUUCGACUUCCUCCAGCAGCCAGUCAACUUCGACCUCUGUCGCUGAUUCAUCUGUAAAAUCAUUCUCCGAAGUGUCUAAUAGCAACGAAGCUACAUCUCAAGAUACUGCGUCCUUCACUCGUGAUCCUUUCACGACUUUGAAUAAAUUCUCCGAAAGAAUCGCCUCUCUUAGCGAGUCUAUCGCGGCAUAUUUUCAGGCUAAAUCGCACGAAGCCACUGAAGGCGUCGAGAAUAUCGCUGCUAGAAAAGCUGACAUCGUAGCGCAAAUAGUGGAACUACGGGAAAAAGUUGAGAAUGCUUUAGUGGCUGCAAAGAAAACUGGAGUUUUCAUUUAUAUCUGCGCCGUCGAAAAGGUAUCAGCUCAACUCAACGCAUACGCUGGUUUGUUGACCAACUUUUCGCACAAUGCCGGUUCACCAGUCGAAGUUCAGUCGCCAUCUUCGUUACACAAUUAGAUGAUGUCAGCUACAAUUACUGAGCGAUAGCGUUUGGAAUGAUUCAAAUUAAUAUUUGACGUUAAUUCUUUUCCAUUUUUUGGUGAAAGUUUUCUAAUGCGUCGCCAAAAUCUUGAAAAGUCCGACUUUUUUUCAUGCACAUAACACGAAUAGCCUUGUGCUCACCAUGGGUUUAACGUACGUCAUCUUUCCUGCUCGUAAUUUUCUCCAAUGAUGCGACUUCUUAUCGAAGUGCGACAACAUUUGUUCCGUUGCUAGGUGCAAAUCUGAUUAUUGUGAUCACUUGGAAAAAAUUCGCCGAGUUUUCUCCAAAUACCUGCUAUGUAUGCUUCUGUCAUCGUUUGCCAAUAAAUAUAUAUCACAAACA